UAUGCAACGUUCAACAUGCCAAACACGUGGGGCCAGCGCUUCCAGUCCAUCUUCCAAGCGGCCCCAGGAGCGAUCCAGUUCCUCUUCAUCUGGUUCCUCCCUGAGUCCCCUCGGUACCUCGUCUCGAAAGGCCGCGGCGAUGACGCCAUUUGA